AUGAAACGAUCACUUUUACGUAUAUCACAAGAAGUUAGACAAGCACUAUUUGAGAAACGGCCAGUAGUUUCCUUAGAGUCUACAAUCAUUUCCCAUGGGUUGCCGUAUCCGCAGAACAUUGAAAUGGCCAAAAGUGUUGAGCAAGUGUUACGAGACAAUGGUGUUGUUCCUGCCACCUGUGCCUUUAUUGACGGUGUUCCACACGUUGGACUAGACAAUUUUGAACAAUUGCGCAAUGCCGUGAAGGUAUCGAGACGUGAUAUUGGGUAUGUUAUGGCCAACAAGUUGAAUGGUGGCACCACAAUUGCACUGACGAUGAUCUUGUCGCAUCUUGCAGGGAUUAAGGUCUUUGCGACGGGCGGACUUGGCGGUGUGCACCGUGAUGGGCAGUAUACGAUGGACGUUUCCGCAGAUUUGACCGAGUUGGGGAGAACACCCGUUAGUGUUGUGUGUGCUGGCCCGAAAUCGAUUUUGGAUAUUGGGUUGACUAUGGAGUAUUUGGAGACCCAAGGUGUUUUUGUUGGGACGUAUAACCCCGAAAAGGUGGACAAUUUGCAGGUGCCGGGGUUUUAUUGUCGUGAAUCGGGCGUGCCUUCGCCAUAUGGGUUUGAAUCGUUUGCAGAAGCAGCAAGGGUUAGUUAUUACCAGGGGAUGGUCGGCAGUGGAAGUGUGUUUUGUAUUCCGCCACCACAAGAGACUGCCAUGGAUAGUGAGUAUAUCAGGAGCGUGAUUGAGAAGGCCAACGAGAAGGCGAAGGAGGUGGGUGUCACAGGCAAGAAGUUGACCCCGUUCUUGUUAAAGGAGAUUGCCGUUGCCACGCAGGGCCAGUCUGUGGAAAGUAAUAUAGCGUUGGUGAAGAACAAUGCCAGGGCCGCGGCAGAAAUUGCCAAAGAAUUGAGUCAAUUGGAGAGGGAUGCAUCUGUUUUGGUAGUUGGGUCGGUUGCACUCGAUACGAUGGCGAAACUUGGACCAAGCACCAAAAUGGGGGACUCGAAUAUUGGCACCGUCACGAAUUCUAUUGGCGGUGUUGGGUACAAUAUUGCGAGGGCGAGUGGGUAUGUUUGUGACAGCACCAAGUUUGUUUCGCGGGUUGGUAAUGACGCAGCAGGGAAAACUAUCCAGGAGAGUGUGCCCGGGUUGGGUGUGGGGAGCGGUGGUACUGCGCAGUAUGUGUCUAUGCACGACAGUAGUGGUGAGCUAGUGGUUGCGUGUGCUGACAUGUCGGUAAUUGAAGAAGAGUUUGAGGUAGACCACAAAGCGAGUGUGGCGGUCUACGAUUGCAAUUUAUCGCCCAAAACCGUCUCGAAAGCGCUAGACAAUAACGAGUAUAACAUUAUUGAGCCGACCUCCCAUGUCAAGGCCAGACGUAUUGGAGAGAUGGAGUUGGCGGUGUUUCCCAACAACAAAGUCAAGUUGAUCACGCCGACAGUUGAGGAGUUGGCGUCGAUCUACGACUCUAUGAAGGAUAAGUUUGAUGAUGAAUGGUUUGGUGUGUUGGAUGCAAUGAAGGUUGAUCAGAUAAGGGAGCGGUUGGAUAAGAAGUGGUACGAUAAGGGUGUGUACCAGCAGUGUUUUCAGUUGUUGCCGUUUUUCCAGAACAUACUAGUCAAGCUAGGCAAGGAUGGGGUGUUGUUGGUUAGCUUGUGUUCUACAGUGGAGGACUAUAAGUCUAUACCGACGACGUCUCCAUAUAGACCAAAGUCGAUAAUCUACAGUAAGGGGAACCAAGUUGGUGCUGUUGUGGAGUAUUUCCCGGUGCCCAAAGAUGUGGAGGUGGUUAAUGUAACUGGUGCUGGCGAUACACUUGUAGGGUACUUGGCUGCCAAAAUCUCGGAGCUGAACUGGCUCCACCACGAAAUUGGGUCGGCUGAGCAGGUUUGGGGAAAGUGGGAGUCAAUAUAUAAGGCGCAAUUGGCUGCGGGUUUAACGUUGGGGUGUGCAGACUCGGUUAUUCAGGAGAUUGCGAAUAUAUAG